CAUACCACGUCUUUCUACCUCACCCCCAUCUGCCGCUCAUCAACUCCCGUCCCUCCGAGAUCGAACCCAGCUCUAUCUACCAAAAUGGCGAUCAACAAUCUUGUCGGCACUGCUGCAGAACCUAUUACUUCCAGAAAGGGGGGCCAGAUUCCCAAGACCACAGAAAUCGUCGAGUCCCAGGCGUUGGCCGAUCCUCGGAAGAAAGCUGCCGACGACGAUAUCCGUGGAGCGACCAAGGCUCUCAAGCGCCCAGCCGAUACUGUGACGGAGCUUAGUGUCCCUAGGAUACGGGCUCGAACUAUGGCGGCUGACUCUCCGGUGAAGGCUGACGAUCACCAACGUCUAGUGGAUACGGCUGUGGAGUCUACUGAUCCUGAAAUCGAGGGUCAGAUCCCCACUGUACAGACCGAAGCUGAUGCCCAAAGGGAUGAGGAUCUCUAUGCGUGGCCUACCGAUGAAAUACAUACAUUCGAUCCAGCAGUGGAGUUCGGCACUUCCACUCAGGGCACGAUACGGGAGUCACCGGUAACAGAGAAUGUUCUCGCAAAAGCAAAUAUACAAGCCACUGCGGAACAACACUCUAUUUCCAACUCUAUUCCGACCACACCUGCUUCUCCUCCUUUAGACACACUACCAGAGUCUCCCAUUUACAUCGAGGAUAACUCGGAGGAGACCGGGACCCCGGAAGACAUCCACCGAGAAGCGGAUAUACCGACUGCGACGCAGCACUCUAUGUCCAGCCCUAUUCUACUGGUAGAUGACACUCCCUCCCCAGAUACGACAGAGGAGCCCCACGAGGGAAACAUGAUGUCACAGAUGCGGAGAAAAGAAAACAUCCAGACAGAAGCAAAUAUAGAGCGAGCUGCGGAAGAACAAUCUACUUCCGACACUAUCCCGACUGCAGCAGUUACUCCCCCAGGUAAACAACCUCCGCCCUAUACGGAUCAAUUCUUUGCAGACUUGGCGAGCACGGUCUCACAAUCCUUCCCCUUUAAGGCGUUUGCUGCCUCUCAUAAUUGCAGCAUAAGUGAAGUAUCUCAGGCCAUUAAUGCUGUGAUUGUCGGCCCUCUGUCGGAUCCAGACUUCCAUUGGCAUGAGGACAGUGGGAUUACCAUCUCGAGAUUUGGGAGACAUAUGAUUGCCACUUGGAAGGAACAUUGCCGCGUACAAGCUCGCAAUAAGCCUGCUCUUGUUCCUGCGCUGAGUAGGGGGCCACCUGCUUCGGCCCAAGGUAAACCGAAGAAGAAAGUUCGGUUUGAUCUCCCGGAAGAUGUUGAAGGGUAGUGGAUAUGUUCCACAAGGGAGACAUCUGAGACUGGCGAUGUAUCAUUCAGUAUACAAGUGAGAUUCUGUGAAAUGGAGGUCCAGGUGGAAGGUUGUGGAUUGGAGGUACCAGUGAAGAUGGAUAGGGUACGCGACAAUAUGGGACUAUCUUCCGGAUGAUCUACGAAAACAGCACGAAACGCUUACCAAAACGGCCUUAUGGGAGGAUAUAAGAUUGGUGCCCGAACAACUAUUGAAACAUCAUGAACGAUAUACAGAGUACAUUGUUUAUAUUGGAUACAGAUCCUAUUG